AUGGAGCCUUCCCGAAUUCGGGCGAGCAUCUUUGGCUGGCAUGACACGUACGCAGUGAGCAAGGCAAUGGGGGAGAUGGCGCCGGCUGAGCAGCACAAGGGGGCGGAAGGGGAGGGGGGGGCCUGGGGGAGAAGUGCUGGUGCCGGUGGUGGUGGUGCGGCCGAGCAUAGUGGAGAGUGUACUCUGAGCCCAUGCCCGGAUGGAUAG